CCCGCCCAGCCUUUGCAGGAGGUCGUCACCUGCUCCCCACCCCAGGACAACCGUGCCUCCGCGUCCCUGUGUCGUGGCACUCUCGUGCACCCCUGGGGUGCGUCACAAUGGCUUGUGCCGUCACUCCUCACCCCGUGACGUAACCCGCCGGGGAGCGUGAGGCGGUGGGGCCUCUCGAGGCCUGCUCGUCCCUGUUACCCCGUAGAAUGGCCUCACCCCUUCGGGGAAAGCCCUCUCCGUCCCGGGGGGAGGCCGCCCGCUACGAGGAGACGUCGACUGUCCGCGUGGAGACCUCGUCCCACCUCGUGGAGACAUCCUCCCGCCAGGUGCGGACAUCUUCCCGGCAUGUGGAGACCACCCAGCACUGCAGCGAGGGGCCCUCCAUCUCCCCCUCUGGGAAGCGGCUCCCUCGCGUCCUCGAGGUGUCCUCCCAGCACGUGGAAACCUCCUCACAGCGUACGGAAACGUCCUCCCGCCAAGUCAGGGCCUCCUUCCUGCGGGUGGAGACGUCUCUGCACCGCGUGGAGAGCCCGCCGCGACGGGAGCGGCCAGCCGCCCGCCAGAAUGUCCAAAGGGCCCGAUGAGAUGCUUCCUUUCCUGGGGCCAUGAGAGGGCCAUGGCCCUUGGCCAGGGCAGAAUUGCAGCCAGUUCGAAGCCAGCCUGCUGCCAGAUGGGCCCAUCAUCUUUGGUUUCCUGGAAACAGUCCACAAAUCAAUGUGAGAAAAAGCCAAGAUGCGGUUUCGGGAUUCAGCCAACAUUCAUUGACCCUUCUGCACCUUGGACCAUCCUGCCUUUGACCCAAUGAACUAUUUUAACUAUUUUAACUUAAGCCACCGCAGAAAUAGUUUUCAGACCCUAGAUACUGUGUAAACUGAGUUGAUGGACGUAGAGGCUGUUUGAACCUCUGACCCAGACUGACCUUCCCACUAACUGAGGAACUAGACCUCGGAUAAGUGAAUUCACCUCUCUGGGCCUCACUGCCCCCACUGAAAAUGAGAUGUUUGGACUAAUCUGUAGAUCUAAGAUUCCCAAGACGAGGCAUGCAGACACUACUGCUGUGCAAGAUGAUUUUAGAAGACACGUGGCUGGUUCAUGGAGGUCCUGGAAGAGCCCUGACAAGCUGCCAGCUGGACCUGGACACUGGACACUGGCUUCUAAGGCCUCCUUCCCCAGUGAACUCAUUCGGGGCCCUUCCUUGCAGCAGGGGCUCAUCAGGAGCCCUUUCCAUCUCUCCAGGUGUCCUCAUCCCAGGAAAUGGCUGGGAAUGACCAGUCUGGGAAUGACCUCCAACGGUGUGUUCCAGGCUCUCCAUACUCAGGACAACUUGCCAGACAGACCUGCAUGUCCUGGCAGUUGGCAGUGCGUGGUCUGACAGAGCCAAUGAGUGGGGUCCCCAAAGUCCAGAUGUGCAGCAGCAGACGGGCCCACAGCAGUGACAGCAGCUUGGCUUGUCUUCCUGCUCCAACAAGCCCCUUGGCUGAAGUGGCAGAAAGAGCUCACCUCUCGGAUGGAAAACCCACUUGGCCCAGGUGAAUAGGGAGCCCCCAGUACUCUGUAGUGUGGUAGGGACAGCGGGGGCUGGCACACUGCUCCACUUCAAUGGCCAUGAAGGUUCUUGGAUGCUUGGGAAGAUUUCAGAAGGGCAGCUGACCUCAAGGGAAGUCUUGUGAACCCCAGUGGUUGGCGAGUUGCUGACUCCAGGCACUGGACCCGUCACUGCUUGCCACUGAGGCAGACGGGCCUUCAGAGUUUAGACCUUUACAUUACCUCCCAGACUCCCUGGAUGGUUCUAGCACGUGAGAGAUUGUUAAAAGCCAGAUGGGAACUCAAGACAUCAAGUUCUGUCCUUUCAUUUAAUAGUUUUAACACUCAGCUCCUUUAAAAAUGAUUAUUGUAGUGGGGAGGGUAUAGCUCAAAGUGGCAGAGCACAUGCUUAGCAUGCACAAGGUCCUGGGUUCAAUCCCCAGCACCUCCUCUUAAAAAAAAAAAAAAGUAAAUAAAUAAAUAAACCUGAUUACUUCUUUCCCCCGACGCACACACACGCACACACGCACACGCACAAGCAAACAAAAAUGAUUAUGGUAUAAGAAAUGCAUGCCCAUUCUAAAAUAUUUAGAAAAUAUAGAAAACAAAGAAGAAAAUACACUACUAUAGAUUCACCAAAGGUAACUGCUGUUACAUUUCCAUCUCAGUGUUUUUUCUAUGGUUGUAUGUAUUUUUAUUAUCACUGAGAUCAUAUAGUAUAUAUAAUUUGUAUCUGUUUUAUUCACUUUAAAUUAGAUUAUAAGCAUUUUCAACAUAGUGAAAUGUUCUUCAUAAACACUUUUAGCGACUGCGUAGGAGUUUUGAGUGGACCCACCAUAAAUACUGUCACCCGAAUGUUGGGCGUUUUUUAGUUGUUCAAGAAUAUAAAACCACACUGAAGUCAACAUCUUUUAAAUAUAAAUCUUUGUCCAUAAUUUGAAUUUUCCCUUAGAUUAGAUUCAUAGUUACAGGGUAUAAACAUGUUCUUAGUCUGCUUUCCAGAAAGAUUGAACUGAUAACACGCCUAUCUCACCACACACAACUACACGAAGAAAUAGCACUUUAAAAAAACAUUUACUGAUUUGAAAGGCAGUGAGACUAUUGCUUCCUUUUAAUAGGUAAACUGAGACUUGGUGAGGGAAAAGGAUGUGCCUGGGGUCACUCUAGGAGAGUGUUGCCUCGUUCCAUGCUCACACAGCCUAUGAUCACGGGAGAGCUAAGGUGCACGGAUGACAUAACCUGCCCAGACUCACAUCAGCUCCUGAGUUGGGGAGCCUGAGUUUAAUCCCCACGGUCAGAACCCAAGGUCUUUUACCUCUGUUCCAUACUUCACCUCUCUUCUAUAGCUGCUGUUUUUCCCCAGAUAGGCUGCUAAAAGGUGGUCUGGGGUCAAGACCUGAACUCAGGGUUUGGAUUUACUCUCUAGACAGUGGGGUGCCAUUAACGGUUUCUUAAGCCUCAAGACUGUUUUACAAAGAUGUUUCUGGUGGACUGGCUGGGGGGAGCCGGAGAUAGGGCGGCCAGCUGGGGAGAUGCGGCAUACAGAUAAUGUGCACAGCCCCAUGCGCACGUGUGCUUGCGGUUUGCAGGCCGUGGGCAGUCAAGAACAUUAGGGGUCUGGGGAGGCCUCCUGCCAUGCCCUUUUCCCUGGGCAAGAGCCAUUUUUAUCUGCUACACGUCAGGCAGAACAUGUGCCAACUGCCAAAGACUCCACCUCAAAUCUAGCAAAUAAGAGAGAGGACGGUAUGGAUUACGUUAUAUUUAAAACAAGCCCACACAAUGCCUGUAAUUUUUUAUCCUGACACCAUAAUUAUAGCUCAAGACCAGUCAGAUCAUAGUUAUCCCCACACCGACCCGCUGUUGAGACACAUUGAAUUAAAGGCUUUGCUGCUCCUCCAGAUUCUAUUUUAGAUGCCAAGCACUGGCAGGUAACUGGCCUUUCACAAGGCCUGUCUUGGUGGAGCCCCUCCCAGGGCAGCCUGCACAAAGGCCAGGUCAGCACCAGGCUCUGGAAAAGACCACCAAUGCUUGGGAUGCUUUGCCCAGCCUGAGCCUCGGGCCUGAGCCAGCGAUCUGGGGAGCUGAGGAAGCAUCAUCCUUGGAGCAGACCAGCCUGCCUUGGUCAGCCUGAUCUCAGAGCCUCUGCACUCUAGAAGAUUCCUGGAUGCUGCUGUCCCCAAGACCCUGACCAGGGUCCCAGGGUCAGACAGGCCAAGAGCUGGCUGUGGGGCACAGUUGUCCCAGACAGGCUGGCAUUGCCCAAAGGGUCCUAAUUCAGAAAAGAGGAGAAAAAGAAAAUCAGAGGCGUACAAGCCAGCCAGGCUUACAGAGACAGCCCCUGCAACUAACCAGGCCUGGGUCAACGAAGGCCCCCGUCCUGGUGGACUGUGCCCCCUCCCUGUCCUGGGAUCCACCAAAGAACACCACCUCUCAGCCCUACGAAGACGCCCCUGACAGAGCUAGAGUGGGGCUGGGUCCCUGCCCACAGACCUGGAGCCCCACUGCCCCUUCCUCCGCAUGGCCCCCACACCCAGUCGGCCUCUGGGUAGUGCCGUGGGGGAGACAGACUAGCUCCCGUUUAUCCAUAAACUGCAGGACUGGGCUCUGUUAGAUGCCUUCACAUGUCCCAUCCCAUCUGUUCACGUCACCGCUGCCAAGUAGAUGUGACUAGUGUUACCAUAAUUUCCCCUUUAGACGCAAGGAAAUGGCGCUCAGAGAGGUAAAGUGUGGGGCUCCAGGCCACCCAGCUCAUAUGUGAAGAAGUGAGAACUGGAACCCAGUUGUCCAGACUCCUCCAGACCACAUGGCUCAGCCACAGGCUGCUUGCCUGAAACCACCAGGCCUGCUCUCAGCUGCUGCUCAGUGGUCUCACGCCCCCAGGCAGCUCACUGAGUCCUUGGGCCUGAGAAAGCGCAGUCCCAGUUCCUGCCUCAGUACAGCCCUCCUGCUGCGCACGCCCCCCCCCCCCCGCCUCGGCCAGCUCCCUGCGCAGACCCUUGCUCCCGUGUCCCCACGUAGAACGGAGGGGUCCUUCCUCUAGCCUUUGAUACGUCUUGCACACACUUCAGUUUUAACAUUUAAGACAUUCUUGUCCCCAUUCACAUGACUUCCCCUACUAGACCUCUCAGAGCAGAGCCUGUGUGCUGUCUCUCUGCUACUAGUUUAACACCCGGCACAUAGUGGCUGCUUACUAUUGUUGCAAGAAAAAAGGAGAGUCUGAAAAGCUAUUCUUCCUUCAAAACUGCUUGGGAUAGAUCCUGAGAAGCCUUUCCUGAUUCACACAGAGUGAGUGGACCCCGUCCACUCAUAUACAAUCAGAGGAAGAACUGUUUACUUGGGUCCACCCUGGGGGCCAGGGACAGAACCUGGUUCUUCCCUGUGACCCCAUCUCACAGCGCUGACCAGGCAUCCUUCAGGGGUUGGUAAGUGUAGAACUGAAUUGCUCUUUGCUUCAGAGACCCAGAUCAAGGGCCCCGUGACCUGAACCAGCUAGACGCCUCAGUCACCAGGCUGAAAACCACCAAGGACUGGCAUGCCAGGGUUGUUUACUGAGGAAGGGAACACUGAAAUAAAUCCUAACUUUAAAAAAGAAAUAUAUCCAAUCGGUGUCCUAUUUAUAUGAAAAUCAGCUCUGUUUUUAGGUAACUGCCCUCCCGCCUCACCUCCCUGAGAUGGGCCCUGCCCUCCUGCAGGUCCCCUCCACACCCUACCCGGUAAUCAUGGCCCUACCUGUUCCCAUCCCCUCUCCUAUUUGCUCUCUGGGGUUUCCCUCGAUUGCAGGGUGAGAGCUUCCAGACGCCCCAGCAGCCUGUCUCA